AGCGGCUCUCAUCGCAGACAGUUGGCCCCGAGGACUCAUUCGCGAAGUGGGUUGCCGACACGGACACCCCGCUGUUGCUGAACCAGAUCUCGCCGCAGAACACGCCAUCUACCGUCAACCCGCCCGCUAUGUCGUUUCGCAGCGACGAUUCGCGCCGAUACGGCCAUGUCCCGCCGGCUCAGUAUCCCGUCGCUGCUGCCCCGCAGCAAGAAGCCGCCGGGUAUCCCACUCGGCGGCCGAGUUUCAACAGCGGCGACGAUGCCAGCUUCUUCGACCAGCCGGCGACCCGGCACCAGUACACGGGCAGCACAGGCAGGGCCGAUGAGGAACUCUUCAUAAACAGCCCUACCGCAGACGCGCAACCGGCGCGCAACCGGGCAAGCAGCUACAUCCCCCAGAAUGCCGCCGCAGCUGGCUACCAACGGCAGUAUCAGGUCCAGGUCCCGCCGCCGCCGCCAUCGCACUCGACAUACAAUCCCCAGGCUUUUGCUCGGUCACAGUCGACUUCGCUCCCGUACCACCCCGCCCAGGGAGCAAGGUACACACCGACGGCGAGCCCGACCUACGCUACGCCCCCGACAAACUACACGCCGCAGGCGUACAAUCCCGCGGCAUAUGCGAACACCACUACUGCGCUCCCGCAGAGGCAUUCGACGGUUGCUGGGUACAACAGCUACAGUUACGGCAGCUACAAUGCGCCGCCCGCUGUUCCACAUGUAUCCACAGCCUACGUCGCGCCCCCGUCGACGUAUGGCGGAUCGCAGCCCAACUCGGCGACUACACCAUCGGCUCCGCAACGAUAUGAGCCUGCGCUGCAUAGCCCGCAAUACGCGCCGUCAACAGCGUCGUCGGCCGCUUCGCCGCAGUAUGAACAGCCAUACCAGACGAGUUACGGCGCUCAGCAGUAUUCAGGGCCCCUUGUUGCCAAUGGCGUCAGUACUGCUGCGAGUCCCACGUACUCCGCGUCAAGUACGCAUACGCCGUAUCCUCUGCAUUCCCAGAUGCCCGUGGGUCCCGCCUACUCUCCCGACCCGAAUUCCUUCUCCAACCGAGCGUCCCGUUCUGGCUCCCAGCCCUCCCCGGUCCCGUCGCCUCUGAACCGAAGCCAGGGCUCCCCCCAGCUCUCCAGACACCCAACGAAUGCGCCGCUUCCCAGUCGCCCGAUGGAUGACCUGCCGGAGGAGCCAGACUGGAGGACCAAUGGUGGCGGUGAGGCUAACUUCCAGGUCACCCAAGACAGCUUGAUUCAGGAGAUCGUCUCGGAUCUGGGAGUCUCCUCGCACACCCAUCGUCCCUUACCUACAGACGGUGCGGCGUCGGAUGACGUACUGGACAAGGCCCAGAGGUACAAUUCUACCUCGUCGAGAAAUACCGCGGACACGGGAGUAAAUCGGUACCCUUCCAAUGCCUCGUCGGCGAUGAACAACACGGUUGCUUCGACCAACACCACCUAUGACUGGGAUUCUGAGGAGAGCGAUCCCGAGGGCGCAGCGGGGCUCCUGGCGAUGCAGGAUGAUAUGGACGAUCGGAGAUUCGGCGGAUUAACGUUCCCGACGUAUAUGGAGCCUCUCGCGCCGCCACAGCCACCGGCACCCUCUCAGGCUGCCCCGCCGCCUUCGGAAGAGCACGCGAGCACCGAUAGCGAUUACGGGGGUAUGGACCUCGGCAUGUACGGGGGUGGGUAUGCUGGAAACUUGCAGUACGGCAACGGCGUCGGCUCUCCGCCGGCAACGGCUCCAGGCCAGGAAGCUCGUCGGCCGCUACCGACUCCGCAGAGCCAAGGAGCCGAGUAUGCGCCCUUCUCAGAGGCUUCAGUCGACUACGGAGGCACUGGCGGCCUCCUUCCUCCUCAGUCCCAUCGCUUGAGCUUUGACGAGGGCGACGAGCGCGUGUCUAUCCACUCUCGACAGAGCGGAAGCGACUCUCCCUCCAAGGAAGACUAUCCAUACGAUCAAAUGUUCUGGCACCCUGGCCUUUCAAGUCGCCCUCUGCCUGCUCUGCCCCAGACUCCGGACAACACACUGUUGGCCGCGCAGCCGCCGAACCGGUCCGCUUAUCAACACAACCAUUCCCUAAGCGUCGACUCCCGACUCCCUUACCUGCCAGAUAGGCAUGAGGUUCCGAGUCCUUCUUCUGCUCAAAGUGCUGGUCAGCAGCAUGUUGAGAGAUCAAUAUCUCUCUUGCAACAUAGCAAUACACCGCCUGUGCAAGCCCCUGCCAGGUCCAGAACAGAUGCUGCCGAGGAGCGCAGACGGGCGAUGAAGCACAUGUCCCACCCGCAUCCGCAAGCAUACCAGCAAGGGACGGUGUUGUAUGAGGGCUACGAAGCAGGAACGCCAACGUCACUGGCCGCUUACGAUAUGAUCACUCUGCCCACCGGCAGGAGGAAGAAGUUUGUGCCUUCGAAACUCACCGCCGCAGAUAUCAAGCGCUGUGCAGAACCAUGGGCGCUCAGCGGGAUCACGGCUUGGAUCCGUGAAAUGGCGGAGGGAGAACCGGACCUGAAGAGGAAGACGAUCGAGGAAGGCGUUCUGAAACUUUUCUGCGCCAAGGUUCCGACAAUGAACGUUGCCGAUGCGGAAUUGCUGAGUGCGAACGUCGUCGAUACCAUGUUUGCAGCCGGCAUUUUGAUUCCUGAGGAGGAGUGGGUGAAGUUCGGGACCGGAGAACUGUCCGGUGUGCUGUGGCAACUCACCGGCUCUGGAUGUUAUGCCCCGAAGCUCCACGAGGACGAGGGUAUCGUGCCUAGACUGCAUGAUAACGGCAUCCCGGUGAGGUGUUACUCGCAUCACUGCGGCAGGACGCUCAAAAAGGUGAAUCUGGAUAACAUGAUGUCCGAGGAGGACGUGGUGGUUCUGGACUGGGCGACAUUCCACGGCGUGACGAUGGAAGACAUCAAGAGCAAGCCCAAGAAGGAGGUCGAGAGGCAGAACGUGCUGCACGAGAUAGUCACGGGCGAGGAAGAGUACAUGAGCCAGCUCGACGUUCUCCGCCUGCUUUACCGAGACUGGCUGCGGGCUUGGCAACCUCCGAUCAUCGCGGCAAACCGCAUGGACAAAUUCCUCGACGCGGUAUUCGGCAAGGUGGAUGCGGUCCAGCAGAUCAACAAGGAGCACCUGCUCGCUCAGCUGAAAUACCGUCAACAGGAGCAGGGUCCGUGGAUUGUUGGCUUCAGCGACCUGUUCCGCGAGUGGAUCCGGAAGGCCAGGCCGAUCUACAUUGAGUACUGCUCGUCCUAUCCGUAUGCCUCGUAUCUGAUUCGCAAAGAGGCGGCCAGGAACCUGCUCUUCCGCCAGUUCUUGGAUGUCGUCCGGGAUCACAAGCGCUCCAAGCGUCUGGAGUGGACGACCUUUGUGAAGGCACCCAUCACACGUCUCCAACGGUAUGGCCUCCUGCUUGAGACGGUGAAAAAGAACAUGCCGGGAGAAUGCGAGGAGAAGACCAACCUGGAGAGGGCUCUGGAGGAGAUAAAGAGGGUCACGCACGAGUGUGAUGAGAAGGUGGCCGAGAUGACCAAGCAGGUCGAGUUGCUCGAGCUGCAGUCCAUGCUGGUCUUGCGCCCCGGCUUCCAAUCCGUCCUGAACCUUGAUCAUCUGGGGCGGGAGCUGCUCAAGCAGGGCGAGCUCCAGAGGCAGGGCUCGAAGGGUGUCCGCUGGGUGGACACACACGCCCUGCUGUUCGAUCACUACUUCAUCCUCGCGAAGGCUGUCCCGUCGAAAGAUGGGAGGAGCGAUAAGAAAUACGACGUGUCCAAAGAGCCGAUCCCUAUGCCGCUGCUCUUCCUCGAGAGCAUGAAUGAUGACCCUGUUGCAAAACAGAAGAGCUUGACAGCGCCCUUGACCCGGACCACAGCCGCAACCGGCUCCGGAACGCAACUCAACAAGGUAGCGUCUAAUGGAAGCGAGCGACCUGGGCUCGAACAUACAGGAACUGGGUCAUCGCUGAGUGCGGUCUCACGGCUCACUUCGGCUGGUUCCGAUGACAGCAAGAUCAUUUAUCCGUUCAGGAUAAAGCAUCUUGGCCAUGAGAUAUUCACGCUCUACGCGUCGUCGGCUCAGGAACGGGCGGCUUGGUGCCAGGCCAUCAUCGAAGCCAAAACGAGGCAUGCCCGAGCGCUGCAUGCUCAAAACGCGGAGCCUUUCCGUCUUCGCGUCAUCUCGGACAGCGCAUUCGCGUAUGACUCGACAUCAAUGCUCGGCCGACAGCCCAACGUGUCCAUCCGGGGCACCCCUUUGGACAGAGCGAUCCGCGAGAUGGAGCAGAUAUACGGCCCGGGACGCGGCCCGCCGCCGGUGUGUCGAGCUACCGUGAACUGUGCCUGCGCCUUCACGGCGUUUGGCAAGUCGCUCAUCGCCAUCGGAACGGACUACGGCGUGUACAUCUCCGAGACAUCGAACCCCCGCGGGUGGACCAGGUCCGUCCAGACCAGCAAGGUCACGCAGAUUGCCGUCCUGGAGGACUUCUCGGUCUGUCUUCUCAUCGCAGACCGAUCGCUGAUCUCGUACCCGCUCGAUGUGAUUGCCCCCGUCUCCAACUUCCCGGCUCCGUCGCAUGACAACCCGCGCCGGGCACCCCAACGGCUGGCCAAGGAUGUCGCCUUCUUUGCCACGGCGCGCAUGAAGGAUAGAAUGCUCCUGUUCUACAAGCGCAAGGAGGGCAUGCACAACACCUUCAAGGUCCUCGAGCCCGUCUUCCAGAAGGCGACCGAGAAGCGAUCGCGUCUCUUCGGCGGCCGGCGCGGCGGAUCGGGCUCGACGGAGUCCUUCCGCGACUUUGACGAGUUCUACAUCCCGACCGAGUGCUACUCGCUCAACCUCUUCCAGACGUACAUCGCCGUCGCCACGGCCAAGGGCUUCGAGCUGCUCACGCUCGACAAGAAGGUCACGCAGUCAAUCCCGCGCGACCUCAGCGAGCCGGCCAUCGCCAACAUCGCCUCCCGCAUCAAGGAGCCGCACCCGCUGGGCAUGUUCAAGCUCAACGACCAGGAGUUCCUGCUCACGUACGGCGACUGCGCCGUCUACGUCGACAAGCACGGCGAGAUCAGCCGCACCCUCAUCAUGGAGUACUCGGGCAAGCAGAAGAAGGCCAAGGCCGCCACCAUGUUUGGCCAGUACCUCCUGCUGUUCAACGAUGACUACGUCGAGGUGCGCAACGCCGAGAACGGCCGGCUAAGACAGAUUAUUGCCGGCCGCGACGUCCGCUGUCUGGAUUACGGGUUUAGGGGCCCGACCGGGGGCGGAGUCAGCGGAACCGCGGGUGGCGGCGCCGGGCAGGCGGGGCCGCAGUCGCCGGUGGGCGCCGCGCAGCAAGAUUCCAAGGGGACCGUCAAGAUCUGUAUGAGCCAUCCGGAGGUGCCAGGCGGGCAGAUCGUGCUGGAGAUGGUGCUGAAUGAUGGGCAUGCGGAGUAGGUUUUGUUGGAGCAAGGGGAUUGUGAUGGAAAAGGGUGAAUGUUGAUGAACGUUGAUCAUGAUGGUUGUUAUGAUGAGCUGCCAUUGGGGGAACAUGUCUUAUGUGACACGCUGCCAUGGAUUCUGGGAGGGUGGAAUACUGAGACAACUCGUCGAACUUGGAG